UCACGUUGUACAGGAACAUGGCGCUUUGGAGGAGAGGUUCUUCAUGAUAGUCAGGGCUGUAACGAUUGAAUAUCCCAUAUUUCCUGUGUUCAUUUCGAUAACAAUAAGGUACAAACACUAAAUAUGAGAGGUCGUGAAAGGUGACCGCUCCCUCUGUCUCCAUGGACACCGGACCACUACGUGUUGUGGCGGCGUUUGCUGUCGUCAGCUGAAACUGUUAGCGUCGAUAGCUGAAACUGGUUAGCUGGCGAAUAGCAAGUCGCUAAACAGACAGAAAAUGUGCUCGGUUAUGUAGCCUAGACUGACGCUAAACUGCUAUUCAAUGAUUAAAACACUUAAUCCGUUUUUAAUUCAGCCAUUUAUUUGAUUUCAAGUAGCUAACAUUUUGUUAGCUAAGCUGUAGGGAUGGAGAGCCGCCGUGUAUGUGUUUUGUUGCUGGGCUUUGGGAUUUUUCUGUCGGCUUUUGGACCAUCUGAAGGCGCCCCUCUUCAGUAUCAUCACAAAUCAGGUGAAAACACAGGGGACACUUUGUCUGUCUCGAUCUACCUGUCUCUGGUGGUGUCUUUGAUGGUGCUUGUGGCCUUGGUGGUGGUGCUAGUGAACUGUAUGACCUGCUGCAAGGAAAGGGAGAUCAACUUCAAGGAGUUUGAAGACCACUUUGAUGAUGAGAUCGACUUCACUCCGCCAGCAGAGGACACCCCCUCUAUGCAGUCCCCAGCUGAGGUCUACACCCUCGCCGUGUCCCCUGUGCCCCUGCCUGGCCCUCCACACCUCCAACCUCCUGUUCGCAUCACAGAGGGAUCCGCAGCCUUCCAGGUAGCACGCCACAGUCUGAGUUACAUCCAAGAGAUCGGCAAUGGCUGGUUCGGCCAGGUCCUUUUGAGUGAAAUCUACACAGACCCAGGUGGAACAAGAGUGGUGGUGAAGGAGUUGAAAGCUAAUGCAAGUGCUAAGGAGCAGAAUGAUUUCCUGCAGCAAGGGGAUCCAUACAGGGUGCUGCAGCACCCAAACAUACUCCAGUGCCUCGGACAGUGUGUUGAGGCGAUUCCCUUCCUGCUGGUUUUUGAGUACUGUGAAAUGGGGGAUUUGAGGGGCUAUCUUUCUCAGCAGGAUUGGAUGUUAAGAAACGCUGAGUUGCUGCAGCUGCAGAGGAUGGCCUGUGAAAUUGCAGCUGGUGUCACUCACCUUCACAAACACAACUUCCUGCACAGCGAUCUGGCACUAAGGAACUGCUACCUGACUGCAGAUCUUACAGUCAAAGUUGGAGACUAUGGAAUUGGACCCUACAGAUACAAAGAGGAUUACAUCAUCACAGAGGAUGAUGUGUACGCACCCCUUCGUUGGUUAGCCCCCGAGCUGGUAGGCGAGCGCCAUGGUGGUGUAAUUACUAUGGAGCAGACCAAGCCAAGCAAUGUGUGGGCAUUGGGGGUCACAUUAUGGGAGCUCUUUGAGAAUGCUACUCAGCCAUACCCACAUCUGUCUGACCGAGAGGUUCUCAACCAUGUGAUCAAGGAGCAACAAGUCAAGCUGUUCAAGCCACAACUGGAGCUUCCCUACUCUGAUAGAUGGUAUGAAGUCUUGCAGUUCUGUUGGCUGUCCCCAGACAAACGGGCCACAGCAGAGGAAGUACACCGUCUGCUCAUCUAUCUGCGUAUGCAAGGCCAAAAGGACAUAGAAGAAGAUUUCGAGCAACGCUGGGAUGCGCUCAAGCCUAACCCCAUUACACGGCAGACCACUGUUAGCCAUUCCUCGUUCCCAAUCUUGGAACAGUUUGCUGAUGAUACCCUGAGACAAGAAAUAGAUGAAAUUCUUACUGUGACUGAAACAAGCAAAGGUCUCAGCUUUGAAUAUGUUUGGGAAGCAGCCAAGCAUGACCACUAUGAUGGUAACCAUGGACAUUCAGGUGCGGACACAACAUUAAACUACCACAGCAUGUUCUUUCCUGUUUCCAGUGAAGAUAUUCAGGCUCACUUCCCUGAUCCUUCAACCAGCGUAGCAGGGGCAGAAAGCGGGAACACUUCGUCAGGAAUUCCUGGGAUCGUACCAGUAUUUGACGCUCAAAAGCCAUCUAAUGGGAAUGAAUAUUAUAUCCAACUGGAAGAACAAGGUGAGAGCACUGUUGAGGAAGAUGGGAACAGAGAACCAGAUAUGGGCUUUGGUUCAAGCGGGCAAGACUUUGUUGUGCUCCAAGACGUACAGUUAGAUGAGUCAAGCACAGAUGCCGACUUUUUCCACCAAAGUAUUGACUCAAAGGAUUCAUAUUUACCAGACAGCCACAUAUGGUCAUCUCUUGAAAAUGACAGUCCGUGCCACACUAACAUUUUCACAGAAGACGGGUCAAAAAAAGAGGACUCUCCUUCCUGGAGGCAGACUUUUGUGGAGCUUCCAGAGCGCAUUGGGAACCCUUUUCUUGAAGGGGCAACUUUAGAGGGUGAAGUAAUGACUGCAGAUGGAAGCUAUGGGGAUGCUUUUUUAGGGGAGCCCACUCACCUGGUGAAUUCUGUGGAAGCAAAGGAUGAAAAAAUAGAUGGAAAAAGUCUUUUGAGUACUGAAAAACUUGCUGAUAAUUUUAUGUUUCUUAAAGAUCAAACUCUAAUGAAGGAGGGCUCCAGUUUCUCAAGUCCACAACAGAAUUUUCUUUUUCCUGGUUUAGCCCAUGAACCAGAGGAUGCAUUCAAAAUGAAUUCUUGGGAUAACCUUGAGACGUUAGGCAGCUUAAACACAGCGGACACUUAUUUUAAAUCGGCAGCAAGUAGCACAUCCUCAAGACACGAUCUUUUAGACUCUCCAAGUACCAGUUUGGGGGAGUUGUGUCAGUCUCUAGAAAAUGAAAUACUGGUGCCUUCCAUUACAGUGGUUGCAGAAGAUGAUGCAAACAGCCAGCUGCCAGCUAGAAAUACUUCUUCCACUGAAGACCUUGGUCUGUUGCAAUCUUCAAACAGUGGUAUAGACUCUGGUUUUGAUUCUACCUCAGAGAGGUUUGAGGUUCUCAUUAGUUACACUGAUGGCUAUGCCCCUGCAAUCUCUGACAGUGCCAAAACAGAUUCUUUGUGCACAGAUGCCAAAAUUCCCAGCCUUGAAGAUGACCUUGGAACCUCAAAGGAUGACACUCAGCCCAUAGAAAGUAAAAUUCCUGAAACCCUGCCAGCUCAAGCAUUGUCUUCAGACAACGGACACAGUGAAGACCUGACAAGUAAUGAUUUGUUGAGUGAGCUAAUUGAGGAUGCAGAUAUAGAAAUGGAAACCACUCUGUCUGAUCAUGAAGAAUCCUUUAUGGAUCCUAAUGGGCGUCCUCAUGAUAGAGCCUAUCUCUUGGUGUCAGGUCCAUCUUUGGACCAGAUCAGCCAGGAUAGUUUAUUGGAAGACAGUAUGUCCACUACUGUUCCAACUAUAGAGAACUCAGCUGAAACACCAGACUCAUUAGACUCGCUUGACAUACACAGGCUUGGAGAGCAAGGAGAUGAACUGAAUGCUCAAAUAGCCCAACACAAACUCCAGCCUCCAUACAGGAUAUCAGACAGUGGUUAUGAGACUGAGAACUUGGAGUCUCCUGAGUGGAACUCUCAGCCAAAUGUCAAAGAUGGCUCUCCUGUAAAAAAUGGCAUGAGUGUUACCAAAGAAGAAGAGGAGACAGAGGAGCUCACAUCUACGGCAAGUCUGGUUCCGCCGAAAAUCAUAAUCUCUGAAGUAGAGGGCGUGCCGGACACUCACAAUGAGGAUCCCAGUGAGAGAGAGCAGCCAGAUAAUGAAGGUCCUCCUGAGGAGCCACUUAUUGGUAGUAAUUAUAGAGACUCUGCGUACUUCUCCGACAAUGAAUCAGAACCUGAAAAAAAGUCUGAAGAAAUGACUGCAGGUGGUUCUGUUGAAGAUUCGUGGCUGAGGAGCUCUACUGAUGAGGUCCCCAGGGCUUCUAGAGGUCCAGCACUGGAAGCUUACAAGGAAAAAGAUAUUGAAUCUUUAUUUUCUCUACCUGCUGAAUCACAGGCCGAGGAUGGGGAAACACCUGCUGCUUAUGUUGAGGAGAUGCGUCCAGUGGCAGAUUCAAAUAUCACAGGGAAUUGUGAGGACCAGGUGACGGAGUCUACCAAUAGCUAUAAUGAAGAUGGAAGUAAACCAGAGGCUUUCAAGGAUGCAGCAUUUACUGAACACCUGGGCCCUUCAGAAGAUCUCGAAACCUUAACACCUUCUGUUGCCCCAUCAAAGCCAGCAACAGAAAGCGUAGUUCAUGCUAAGCUCACCAGGACGCAUGCCAGCGAUGGUCAUAAAAUAAAAGAGCCAGAUGUUGAGGGGCGUUACCUGGGGAGGCGGGAUGGGUCAGGUUUAGAUGGGCAGGAAGAUGGCAUGGAUGCAGACGAGGAGGACGAAAACAGCGAUGACUCGGAUGAUGACAUGCGUGCAUACCAGAUGCACAGCUCCAGCUCAGAAAGCGAGGAUGAAACUGUGUACACAGUGCCAGUUAUUAUCUCAGACAACAGCGGUGCAAAGAACCUGAAGAGCUUGUUGAAACCCACAUCCCUGAACAUCAAGUCAUCAUCUUCUCCGUUUCCUGCGAGGUUCAGUGCAGAUAACUCCAAAAGAACUGUGUCUUUCUUCGAUGAUGUCACUGUCUACCUGUUUGACCAGGAGACUCCUACCAAGGAACUGGGUGACCACUCCUCAGAUUCAAACAGUCAGGUACCACAGUUCAGCAGUCCCACGCCCACUGCCAGCUACUUGAACCGCUUCGCCAACUCUGAAAGCUCAACAGAUGAAGAAGGUGGUGGUUUUGAAUGGGAUGAUGACUUCUCCUCACCUGCACCUGCCUUCCUGCCUAAGACGGGUAAAGAUACAGUAUCUAAGGCAAUGUCUUCGUCUGCAAUGUCAUCCUUCUCCACUCCAGCUACUGCAGUAGGGUCUGUGCUGGAGACCAGCUGGACCGGCUCCUCAAGCUACUCCCGUUUCUCCAUCUCACCAGCCAGCAUUGCCAGCUUUUCCCUUACGCAUCUUACCGACUCUGAUAUCGAACAAGGAGGAAGCAGCGAGGAUGGAGAAAAAGACUAGCGCGAUAAAUGAAGGGACCAUAUAUCUCCACACUACUGCGAAAUGAAGCUACUCGCACUUUUGGGGGAACAGCCGAUUAAGGACAGACGACGCGGUUUGUGGGGGCAAACUGCGGAUGCUUCUCUCAGGCAGAACUAUACUCAGCGGAGUCGGCCAUGAGAACAAAAGGCUGUAAACUGACAUUAAGCAAAUAAGACGGAUGAGGAUCAGUCCCAAUCUGAGCCGCAUCACCUCUCCAGCUCCAUCUCUCUCUCUCUCUGUGUGUCUGAGUGUGUGUGCGUGUGUGUGAGAGAGUUUUAGUUCAAUGCAAUUAAAACUUUGGGAGGGACAAAACAAACUGGCGUAGCUUCUAAAUGUUUGCUUUAAUGGCUCAUCAUGUGCAUUCCAGGUGUUUGGCUGCUUCUUUUUGUUGUAAGUGCACUCCUUUUCUAGGACUUUUGCUUUACCGAAGAGGAAAAAAAUAGAAAAAAUUUAAAUAAAUUAAAAAAAAAAAAAAAAUCAACCCACUUGGCUGGUAAACUUCUCACUACAGCCAAACAGGAAUAAGCUCUUUGAUUUCAGCACACCUAAAACUGACAGCUUAAUCUGUUCACUUUGCUCCUUCAUGUCGUGCGAUUAUUUCAGUAGUUGCCUUUUUUUUUUUUUUCUUUUCAUAACUUUGUUAAGUUUAAUCAGUCUCCUAUUUGGAGGGGAAACUGUGUUUGAAUAAACGGGUUGUAACUGUUGGAGGUACAAUCCAUGCAUAGGAUGAUUGGAACACUACAGAGGUGGCGCACUGCAGAGGUGGCACACACUGUAUUUUCCUUUAUGUUUUAAAGGAACAUUUACAGCAAGCUGAGUCAUAGUUUGGAGAAAUGCCGGUAAGAAUUGUAGGGUUGUCACAUCAGUCGUUAACGAGGUGACCCAACUGUAAUGAAUAGCAUAAAAACAAGUUGCUUUUCGUUUGUAAAGCUUUAUUUUAUCCGAAAGUGCAGAAAGUUGCUUUGAUAAUUUUGUCUCCAUUACUCGUCACCAGGUCUUAUUGCAGUGCCUGUUGACGCUGUAAAGACAGCUGCACUCUUCCAUUGAUUAUCACUACAAAAGAAAAAAAAAAAUCUCAGAUUGCACGUUUAGUGUGAUGGUGUUUGAAAGAAAAAAAAAAAAAAAAGCUGGAAAUGUUUAUUUUUAAAUGUAAGGAUGAAGAAAAUGUCAUGAGCUGUUUGUAAUCAAAUGUGCAAUGAGUUUCAUUAACUGGUUUGAAUCCAAGUUCAUAGGAAAUGCUGACGACCGUGUGCAGGGACUUUAAGCUUCACCGCAACUCACUACUAGAACAAGAAGAAAACGCUGCUGCUUUUAUGAACCUGAGGAUUAUCGACAGAGUUGUUUGCCUUUUCUUUUUUCAGCUUUGUGUCAAACUUAACAAUUUCAGAUAGCGUUAUCAUCUUAAAUGACCCUCCCCGUUCAGUUGCUGUCUUUGCAUCUUAUCAUUUGCGGGCCACACAUACAGGGAUGUGCAUUCAUCACGAUCAGUUUCUGUAUGCAAGCGUAAUGCAAAUGGUUAUAGAUCAAGAUAUGCCUUCCCUCUGAUGUUUUUAUGUACGGCUUUAAAAUAGCUUAUUUGAAACUGUAGGUUAUACAGUUACUCUUUUGGAUUUUUUUCCUUUUAAUUGAAUAUUUUGUCACUGAUGACGAGUUGAAAAGCUGUACUGCACCUAUAAUAGCUCAAUGUCCGUCUCACCUGCCCCAUACAGAACACACUGUAUCCUAGACAAUGUUAUCCUCUGUUUGAAAACCAGCAGCCUGUGUUUCAGUUAAACUUGAACAUCUAUUUAAGGAAAUCUUAUUUUAUUUGACCACAGUAUACAUUUGCUUAAUCUUGCACAUUUGAAAAAUGUAACUUAAUGUUGAACUGUACUGAUGUGUAUAUAAAUGUCUUUCUUUUUUUGGUCUGUAAAUGAUGGGAAAUUAUGUAAUUGAGUUAUAGGUAUGAAGUUUCAUUUUGUAACUUAAAACUGAGUUGAAUCAGAGGAACAUAUCACAGUCAUCAGCUACAAGCAGUUAAAUUAAGACAGAAACAGAUGUGAAUUCAUUUUUGUCCUUUAAACUUGUAGAUUCAAAAAAAAAAAUAUUUUUACUUCAUAUUGAUCAUGCUUAGUGUGAUUGAAAUGUUUAUAAUUACACUGUUUAAUAUGAAAAUAAAUGCAAAUGAACUUCUAA